UCUGAUGCAUCCCGAGUUUCUGACAUCUUGCGUUUCUGUGCGCGUGUGCCAGCAGAUAAUCCCUCUAUCCUGGAAGAAUGGUGAAACUGGGGAAUAAUUUCAGCGAGAAGAGCACAAAGCAGCCCCUGUUGGAGGAUGGAUUUGACACCAUCCCCCUGAUCACACCCCUGGAUGUCAAUCAGCUCCAGUUCCCACCUCCUGAUAAGGUUGUGGUCAAAACGAAAACAGACUAUGAACCUGAUCGAAAGAAGGGAAAGUUCCGUACCCCUAAAAUAGCUGAAUUCACAAUCAGCAUCACUGAAGGGGUGUCAGAAAGAUUUAAGGUAACUGUGCUGGUCCUUUUUGCCCUUGCAUUCUUAACGUGUGUUGUAUUUCUGGUAGUCUACAAGGUUUACAAGUAUGAUCAUACCUGUCCAGAAGGAUUUGUUUUCAAGAACAAUCAAUGCAUUCCAGCUGGGUUGGAAAACUACUACUCUGAACAAGACUCCAGCGCUCGAGGGAAGUUUUACACAGUCAUAAACCACUACAACCUGGCCAAACAAACCAUCACGCGCUCCGUGUCCCCCUGGAUGACGGUGCUGUCAGAAGAGAAGCUCUCUGAGCAGGAGACUGAAGCUGCUGAGAAAUCAGCUUAGUAGGAUAAGCUAAUUAUAAACACUAUGUCAUUUGAAGGUAACUUAAGGGACUUGAAGGAACUUUUCAUUAAAUAUAAUUAUGGAUAAUUUAGAGGUUACUCAUGUUUAUGGUGCAGUUGCUUCUGUUUGCUGAUACUGCUUCGCAAAAAUAAAAGAAAAAACAACCCCCAAACCCAAAAACUUGCUGCAGAACAUUGAUGGGUGUAAACCGAGGUGCAUAUCAGCAUUGCUUUAGAGCUUUGACACCAUUUUCAAUGUUAAAAUAAAUCCAAUGUUAGAUACGUUCUUGCAGUUCAUUGGACUCUGACAGACUUCUUCUGGGUUUUCAGGGCUCGGACCUUAGAUAAAUCACGCGUUCUGUUGUCUGAACCGAUACUUAUUUAGUAACAGUUUUUAUUCUUUGUCCUUUUGCAAACUGAAACAUCCCAGCCAUAACUGGAGUGAUCUCUCGUUUAGCUGAAAGCUGUAUUAACAUUUUGUUUUGGCUGAAGCGAGAACGGCAGCGGGCAUCGGCGUCACGGGCGCCAUGCACCCAGCGACUCGCGGGGAGAGUGGAACUGUCAGGGAGCCGUUUUCUUACCUUUCCUUUACUGCUCUCUAUUUGUGAUAAUGAAGUUCUCUGCAACAA